UCCCACAGGGAGAAACUCCUCACUGCCCAAUCGCAGGACUGACCCAUGGCUUCAGCUUUCGGAGGCAGGGGGGUGCACCUCUGUUGAUAAGCGGAGUUUCGGAGCUCCUCUGGCCCGGGACCACGGGCGCGCUCUCCUCCCUCCCCCGUCUGGACCGGACCGUGUGCACUCCGUGCAUAGGAGCAGCGGGUCUUCCAUGGCUUGUUACUACAUCGUCAUCAGCUCCACGCACCUCAGCAAUGGGCACUUUCGCAACAUCAAGGGAGUUUUCCGCGGCCCGCUCAGCAAGAACGGCAGCAAGAACUUGGACUAUGCGGAAAAGGAGAGGGCGAUGGCCAAGGCUCUGGAGGACCUGAAGGCCAACUUCUACUGCGAGCUGUGUGACAAGCAGUACUACAAACAUCAGGAGUUUGACAACCAUAUCAACUCAUACGAUCAUGCCCACACGCAGAGGCUGAAAGAGCUGAAACAGAGGGAGUUUGCCCGCAAUGUAGCUUCAAAAUCCAGGAAGGAUGUUAAGAAGCAGGAGCGGGCCCUCAGACGUCUGCAUGAGCUGGCGGAGCAACGCAGGGAGGUGCAAUGUGCCCCCGGAAGUGGCCCCAUGUUCAAGUCCACCACAGUGGCGGUGGAGGGCGACUCCAGGGAAGCCUGCUGUGAGGGUAAUACAGGGGGAUCCCAGCCCGCCGCAGGCCUGGACCUGGGCACCCCCACUGACACGCCCAACAGCAGCGGCGGCAAGCUGACCCUGUGGCCCCACGCGGGCAAAGCCAAAAAGCAAACGCACAGGCAGAAGAUCGCCUUCUCCUUCUCCCUCCCGAAGAAGGCGUCGGUGCGGCUGGAGUCGUCGGCCGCCGUGUUCUGCGAGAGCGCGGAGGACGGGUCGAAGGAGCGGGGAUCUAGGCUGGGGCUCCGCACCCUCGCCGCCGAGCUCGACCUCCUCUCCCCCCCCACCCUGCAGUGCGGGGAGGACGAUCACAGCACCCCAGCACAGCAGGACCAGACCGUCCCCGAAAACGCGCAGGGGUCAGCUGAUCCGUCCUUGAAUCAAGACAGCACGGCCGCCGCUUCGGAUCUGUGCACGCUGCUCGUCUACUCGACGGAUGCUCCCAGCCCCACCCCCUCCCAAUCAUCCACUCCCCCCUCCAAUUUGGAUAAUACAGAUGUGGGGCUGAAUGUGGAGAUCUCAUCUGUGAAAUGCGAAACGACAGAAGGCAAGGUCGAUACAAGGGAGGGGUUUGGUGGUGAGCUGAACACAGAGGAGGGCGUGGCAGAUAAGAGUGUGACGGAAGAGGGCGUGGCAAAUGAGGGCGUGGCGGAUGCGGGUGCGGAAGUGGAGAGUGACCCCCUCGUCAGUGGCUCCCCACUCGAGAACCACGCUGACGCUUCCCAGGAGACAGGCCCGUCCCGGGCCCCGGGAAAUGAGGCGAACGCAGCCGCGAGGACAGCGCCCUCUUUCACGAAACCCAGCCAGCCCUUCUGCUCGGUGCUGAGCCGAGACGGGGGCACCGUGCUGCUGUGGCCCUCUGAGAUGCUGACAUUCACCAGGGCGGAGCCGCCGCUGUCCUACAGCUGCAACCCCCUGCACUUCGACUUCAGGGCGUCCUGCAGCCGAACGGACCGAGAGGGGGGUAAGAGCAGGGGCGGGGGCCGGGACGGGACGGGCGACAUGCAUGUCGAGGGGCCAACCCGUGAUUCUGACCACAACCACAACCACUCUCAGAGAGCCUCUGAUUGGCUGGGCGAGCUGACCAAUCAGGUUCUGAACUCAACAGGAAAGGCGGACCGUCACACGAACGGCAGGAGGAGCUGUCCCAGGCUGAAAAGGCAUAAAAGGUGCAGACAUCAUUCGGAAGAGCGGACUCACUGCAGCAGACGGACCUCAGACAAACUGCGGGACAGACACCGGCGAGAGUACCGCAGCCACAAAAGGAGGAGGCGGAGGAGGAGGUGGAGGAGGGAGACGCACAGGGACGCAGGCAGACACAGUGGCGACACGGAGAAACCGGCAAAUUUCUCCAAACGAGCUGAGUGCUGGGACGGAUUUGAUAGCCACUUUGGCAGCGACACUCCACAACAAGUGCAGCCAUUACAGGACUCGGAGCAAUCACCUCAGAAUCAAGACGAGAUGAGCAUCCCGGCUACCAAAGCAGAGGCCGCGGGGAGCGGUAAGCAGGAAGCAGCAGGUGGCGUAAACGACGCCGCGGGCAGCCCGCCUCUCUCCGGCAGAGGCUGCGGUGACGGCAAAGUAAUGCAGGGACGUGACGGGGGAGGUCUGUGUGACCAAUCAGCGGAGCGAGCAGACAUCACCAUGCCCAGUCAGCAUGGCAGCAGCCCACCUCCGACAGAGGGACCCAGCAGCCCUGUCGACACAAGGCCGAGUCUGAUUGCGCCACCAAAUUGCGGCGACACUUCCCGACAGAACCUGCCCAUGAAGAGAAGGCGCGGGUCCCUCAGCGACGAGGAAGAGCAGGGAUGUCCACAACAACAUUGCACUACCUGCCCUUUGCCAGCGGGUGGCGCUGGUGAGCAAGCCCAAUCCCUUGAGGAAGGAUCGCCCUGCUGCAGGCAGGCCAGGAGACGGAAACGACGGAGGUCAUGGGUCGCCGAUCGCAGCCCAGGCACUGAUCUGGAGACAGCCAGCGAUGAGCCGGAUGGCCGCGGUAUGGCGGUAGACAAUCUCUCCCUCAAUGCAGGCACUGAACAGCCUGCAGUCCAGAGUGCUUUGGCUAAUGUACUACAGAAAGAUGUGAAUGAAAGGCCAAAAAAUCCUGAUAAAGUCUUAAAUGGUGAUGGUGGGACCAAACGCAAUGUGCUCGAUUCUCCGACACGGGGUCUUCCAGCGGAGACGCGCAGGGAGUGCACUGGCGGCCUCUCUCCUGCCCGGCUCAGUGCUGGAUGCGAUACCCGCAGUCCUUUAUAUGAAACUCUAGUCAUGAGGGACAAUCCGACAGGGCAUACAAGCAUCAGAGGUGAGACCAAGAAUGCCAGUCCUUGUGACAGUGUUGAAGUGAGCGCAGAAAUAGCUGACGCACAGGAGUGUGAUAAGCCUUCGGCAGUUGCCAGCUGUUGCCAGACAGAGGUGAGGCAAAUUGCACAGGAGAAGUUGGAGAGAACGAGUCACGACAGACUGUUUCAGCACAACCCCCCGAGCCAGCCUCCGAAGGCUCAUCCAGGCCUCACGGGUCAGGAGACCAAACUAAACCGGGAAAGCUUGAGGUUGGGGAACACGAGCAUCUCCUUCCACGCAGGCCAGCAAGGCUUUCAGCAGACCUCCAACGGUGUUGAGAAGCACCACUUCCUCCAGAUCCCGGCCCACAGGCAGCCAUCACACCAGCAGACCUUCACCGGCAAGCCGAAACCUGCCAUGCCACACCCGCCCCUCCCCGUGCCCUCCCCGAUCCUGCACCCCAUCCACCUGGCCCCGCCCAUGUCCUCUGCCUCCAUCACCAUCCGCCACACCAUCCUCCAGCACCACGCCACCUUCAUCCAGCCCCAGCCCCCCAUCUUCUCCCAGGUCUUCCCCAUCGCCCCUCCGCCCCUGGGGGCGGAGAUGUGCCCCCCGGGGCCACCUCCCUUCAUUCCCCCGCCCGAGGUGUCCGUGGUGGCCCCGCCUGGCCUGCACCCUGUGGCCAUGACCUUCCACGCCCUGCCCCGCCCGGCCGUGUUCCCGCCCAUGCUCCCGCCCCCACCGACCAUCUUCCCCCUCCAGCCUCUGUUCUGAGGGACGUGACAUCACAAGGGACUGUCUGUGACAUCAUCCUUUAUGUAAGAUUCCAUUCCGUGUGAAGCAUUCAGCCGCAGUCAUCACAACACCUUGCUUUUUUUUGUACUUAGUAAUUAUUUUAAAGUAGUGAACCAAAAGGGUUGAGGGGUAAGCCGAAAUGCCUCCCUUUUUUCAUCCUUGCACUUUGAGAGAGACAGCUUACAGAACAUUUUGUUUUAUGAAGGAAGAUAAAUGUUUCCUGUCAUUCAGCUGAAACUUAAUGAAUAUUUUUUUUCCUUUAAGAAGACAAUCAUACAUCAGAGCAGUUCAUAAAAAUCCACCCAGUUUUUAUAUUCAUAACCAGAUAUUAAUGGUAGUGUACUGCGUAUUUUUACUUGUCAAGUGCUACAGUAAAUUCAUUUAAGAACACAGCGCAAUAUUAUUGUAGUUUUUUUUUGUACAACAGUGCAGCCAUUAUCAAAUGCAAUGUCUGCAAAAAUACAAUCAAUUUCUAUUUUCUUUAUAUUUUCAAAAUUCACGGCUAAUUAAUACAUUAUCAGUAUUACGUUCAUUCUCACAAGAAGAAAUGUGGGCUUGCAUACAUUUUAUGCCUUUGGACAUGAAAUCCAACCCUCGUUCAUGUUCUUUAAAUGUGUCUUUGUCAAGGUUUGCUUGCUAGACUAUAAAAGCACUUGACCACUAAGAAUGAUGGGAAUUCAAAUCAAGGUCCUUUUAUACUACUGCCCGUCUGCAUAUCCUUUGCUGGAUAUCAUACCGAUGUGAGAAGCAAUGACACAUGCAUCAAAGCUCAGAUUGUAGGCUUAUACUGUCCACACAGUAAACUGCUGUAGUUAUUAGAAGAGUGGCAAGUGGCCAAGUGUCUUUAUAAUCUGUCUGUGAACCUGGUUACAAGUGCCAGCCUCUUUAUGGAUCCGGUGACCUUCUACUCGACAUAGAGAACUGUCUGAAUGCACAACGCCGACUUACUCUGCAACAAACUCAACCUGCUGUUAAUACGAGAAACUGUACAUGUUGUACAUUAGACAUCUUUAUAACCCGCUUGUAAGAUUUAUUGUAAAAUAUGUUUGCCGUUUUUAUUGUGUAAGGUACCCAGUAUGUAUUAAAUAUUUAGAUAAAACAAAACAACUAUGUUUUUUACCCCAAUUUGC